AUGCCAAGAUGGUCAGGCCAACCCUCUAUCAAGGGGAGCACUGAAGCAGUGCGAAUGGCCUUGUUGACACUCAACACCAUCGGCAUUACAUUUGUUUGGGGUGUAGAGCAAACAUGCAAGUCCCCCGAUGGCUUCAAUUGUACCCCCUACCUCCUUUCUCUCGGAUUAACGAAAAGUAAAACAUCCUUGGUCUGGAUCGCCGGGCCGCUCUCGGGACUCAUCGUGCAGCCGAUAGUUGGUGCGUUGGCAGACGAAUCGACAUCGAAAUGGGGACGACGUAGACCGUUUAUCGUGAUUGGCGCUAUACUCUCGUCUCUGUGUCUCCUUACUUUGGGUUUCACCAAGGAGAUAGUAGGAUACUUCGUUCCCGACGAAAAGGUAGCGCAAACUUUCACAAUAUCCGCCGCCGUGUUGUCGAUAUAUGCGGUUGAUUUUUCUAUCAAUGCCGUAAUGUCGGCGGCAAGGAGUCUCGUCGUUGACACACUUCCGAUCGACAAGCAACAAACAGGAUCUGCUUGGGGCAGUAGAAUGUCAGCCAUUGGCCAUGGAAUCGCCUAUGCGACUGGCGCUAUUGAUUUGCCCUCGCUCCUUGGAACAUCCCUAGGCGAUACCCAGUUCAAACAGCUGACUGUUAUUGCCGCGUUGGGUCUUGUAUUGACGUGUGGAAUUACUGCCUGGGCUGUAACAGAGAGGAUUUUGAUCGCCCCGAGGCAUGAUCCUCGUAGGGAUGAUGGGGGGUUUAAGGUUGUCAGUCAAAUCUGGUCUACUAUUGUAAACCUGCCGCCUCGCAUACGAGCAAUCUGUAUGGCGCAGUUUUGGGCCUGGAUCGGAUGGUUCCCUUUUCUCUUCUACAGUACAACAUGGAUAGGUGAGACCUACUUUCGGUACGAUGCGCUACAUGACGCAAAAGACUCGGGGGAUGCGCUCGGGGAGAUAGGUAGAGUUGGAAGCGAGGCCUUUAUCAUCUAUUCCAUCAUCACCUUUUCCGGGUCAUGGAUUCUGCCAAUGGUUAUCAGAUCACCAGAUGACGAGAGUUAUACCCGGCGUCCUCCCCAGAGUCUUCGUGGCGUCAUGGAGAGAUUCAAUAAGUAUAAACCAGACCUUCUGACUGCGUGGAUGUGCGCCCAUGCAACCUUUGCGGGAGCAAUGCUCUUCGCACCAUUUGCCCAUAGCUUUAGGUUUGCGACUAUCCUCGUUUGCCUAUGCGGAUUACCUUGGAAUAUAGCAUCAUGGGCACCUUCAGCAUUCCUCGGAGUCGAGGUCAAUAAGCUCAGUGGUGCAACUGGGUCCAACACAUCAUACCGUCGUCUGUCGCACGACUCAAACGUGGAAUUAGAGGACUUGAAUGAUCCGGCCAGCCCUUCCGUUCUCGAUCCAGAGGGUUUGCACGCCGCGUCGAAGUCGGGCUCAUCCGGUCAGUUAUCUGGUGUUUAUUUCGGUAUACUGAACAUCUAUACGACGAUCCCACAAUUCAUCGGCACAAUUCUCAGCACUAUCAUCUUCAGCAUUCUUGAACCAGGCAAGAGCCCCGAGCUGGCGCAUAACGCACAUCCGGAUGAGCACCACGGUACCGAUGGGCCAAAUGCUAUUUCCGCCCCAGUCGUCCCCUCCAAACGGCGCUCCCUCCGCACCAAACUCGCCGCCCGCUCAGGACCAGAGCCAUACGCGCCGCGCAAAGCACCGCGGCCCGACGCCGUCGGGACAAGCGACUCGUUUUCCAACUCCAAGAAAGACAAGCGGACCAUCAAGCACGCGUCUUUCGUCUCGCGCAUCGAGAAGGCGAACCAGAAAGCGCCCCGACGCCGGCGGCCGAACAACAAGCUCGUGGCGAAUCUCGACUCGCUGGCCGACGCGCUGCCGGACUUGCUGGCGGACGGGGAGACGGAGGAGGGCCUGAGACAGAUGCGGGAGGGCAAGGUUCGGCACAGGAGCUUGAAGAGCAGGCCGGGUGCGCUGAAGCGCAAGGAGAGGAUUGUGAAGGGCGAGGUGCAGAGGUUUGGGGUUAGUCUUGCGAGACUGAGUGCUGUUGCGGAGACGCAGGUGCAGAGGGGUGUUGAGCGAAGUGGGGAAGAGAGCCCUGCAAUGGAGACUCGGGAUGCGGCGGCUGUGCCGGCACCGGCGCCUGUGUCGACGACGAAUCGCUGGGCGGCGCUGCGAGGCUUCAUCUCGGCGACUAUGGAGCAGAACCCGGCGUUUGUGGGGAAGCAGGAUGGGAAAUGA